CUAUUUAUAUAAUCCCAUGGGGUAUGCAUACAGUAGUCUAUCCUUGUGAUACUGUUUGUGAUGCUCAGGUGAAGCCUAGCAAGGUACACUGGAAAUUUAAUAACGCAAAAGUGUAGGAAAUGUCUUUCUCGGCUCUGUGGUUUCUCUGUGGUGCUCUGUUUUAACACACACAAAAGAAGUACAGUAGCUCCGUAACGAAGAGGUGAAUUUUCUCUUUGUGGUUAUCAAUGGAAGAGGAGAGGAUACAACAUACUUUUCUUCAAUGCGCUUGACCGAAAUUUCGGAUAAAUGAUCAAGGACCGGCGAUCAUAAUCCGAAGGUCAACACUGAAAGGAUUUCUUACUCUGGGGAAACCAGGAUGGACGGACAGUUCGUUAAUGUCUUGGCUGCUAAGAGAUCGCUGCUGUCAGAUUAAAAGGAUAUCUAGGCUACUACUACAGUACCUCAAAGUGCAGAUAAACCUCGCUAGACUGGUGCUUAGGGUACGUUUAAAGUAUACAUUUGAAUGCAAUCUGGGACUACACGCAAUUAACUUUUCUCUUUGCCCUUUUAAAAAAGGCGUAUUCCCGACUCUUACAACGACAUCUCUUAAAAGUGAAACCAACCUGACAAAGUUUAUUGACGAAAAUGGAUCUCUUACUCUGCCCAACUUGCCAUUGUCUUAUGUCCGAGCCCGUGACAGUGUCCUGCGGACAUUCUUUCUGCAAAAGCUGCUUGGGAACGAUUUUACCUUCGAGGUGCCAAAUCUGCAGAGAGAGGUUGAAGCUGAGAGACGUGAAAAACAUAAAAACCAACGUCCUGCUGUUCAGCGUGAUGGAAAAAUGCUACCCAGAAGACACAAAACUGAAGUGCAAUUUGCAGGAUCGUCUUAAAAACUGCGAGUUUACUGAAGCCCUGCGGAUUAUAGAUGAAGGAAUGCGGCUGGCACCUAAUGAUGUCAGCCUGCAAAUUUCACGGGCAGAGGCCAAACUGGGACUACAGCGCUAUAGUGACGCACUGAAGGAUCUGGAUUUGUUAUGUGAAAUGCGGCCCACAUGGACUGAGGUUUUUUUUCGAAAAGGGAACAUAUUCCUGGAAAUGGGAAGAAAAAUAGAAGCUCUGAUUCAAUAUCAUCACUGUCUCAGACUUCAGCAUGAAUUUGCUCCUGCCAAGCAUGAAAUACAAAAGAUACUGCAUUCAAAUGGUGAGUCUGUGCCAGAAGAAGUAGAAGACCUGCUGAAGGUCACCUCGAUGUAUCUGAGGAACGCCUGCCCAGCAGCAGACCCUGUGCUGAGUGAAGACGCCCCACUUUCCCAGCCCUUGGAGGAGGAGAGAGUGCAAGCCUCGGGAGAAACAAACAAAGCCAAAAAGGCCGACAGCUGCGUCAGCCUGAGCCACUCUGUCUCUCUUCUCCCAGCCAGAAAAAAUGAAGAGGAACUGAUGAACAGGGACACUGAGCACCAAAGAAGCGGAGCGAGUACAGAGAUUUGUAGCGACGUCCAAGAGUUUCCUCUCAAUAUGCUCAGUCCAUCGGACUUUGAAUGCCCACUGUGCAUAAGGUUAUUCUUCGAACCAGUCACGACUCCCUGUGGACACACCUUCUGCAAAAGCUGUAUCGAACGAAGCCUUGACCACAAUCUGAGGUGCCCUCUGUGCAAGCAGCCCCUCCAGGAGUAUCUCAAAAACAGAAAGUAUAACCGUACAAUUUUGCUGGAGGACAUUAUGUCCAGACUGUUCCCUUGUGAACUUGCGGAGAGGAAGCAGAUACAUGAUGCUGAAAUAGCAGAGCUCUCAAACUUAACAAAGGACAUUCCGAUCUUCGUGUGCACAGUGGCUUUCCCUGGAGUUCCUUGUCCUCUGCACAUAUUUGAGCCUCGUUACCGGUUGAUGAUGCGCAGGUGUAUGGAAACGGGCACAAAGAAGUUUGGAAUGUGUACUUACGAACAUGGAAAAGGGUUUGCAGACUAUGGUUGCAUUUUAGAGAUUCUGGGUCUGGAUCUCCUUCCUGAUGGCAGGUCUUAUGUGGACACCAUAGGAAGGAACCGCUUCCGGGUUACAAAGAGAGGUCAAAGAGAUGGCUACCACACAGCAGACAUAGAAUAUUUGGAGGACCAAAAAGUAGAAGGUGCAGAGCUGGAGCUCGUGCAGCGCUUGCACGAUAGCAUUUAUCAGCAGGCCUGUGACUGGUACCGUCGGCUGAAUCCGAGAAUCCGGGAUCAGAUCAACAAGCAGUAUGGCCACAUGCCCGAGAGGGAGGACAACAUUCAGGCCUCCCCCAGCGGGCCGUCCUGGUGCUGGUGGCUGCUCUCCGUGAUGCAGCUGGACCCAAUGUACCAGACCACGGUGCUGUCGCUGACGUCCCUCAGGGACCGGCUGGGACACCUGCGCGUCGUUCUGGAGUAUUUCUCUCAAAGCUAAAACAAGGGAAUGUCAGGCUGGAUUACUCUGGCUCUCUCCUGGCGUGAAGUUAACGUCACACGAACGCCAGGAACACUGCCUUACUUGGAAUAAUCUUAGUUUUGAUAAGCUUUUAAGCAUUUGUGCGUAAUCUUAUUGACCUCAUCAUCACUACAUGUGUCACAGGCGUCUCCUUUCAGUAGAUAGCGCUGGGAGAUCAUUCAGCUCAUAGCGUCUCACUUGUGGAGUUUUGCGUAUUUCAACAGCACUCCUAAGGCCUUUAUUUUGAUGUCCAUUAACAUCUGUAAACGCAAGAUGUUUUCACACAAACAUUUAUUUAGUGCUGGGAAACAAAACAUACACAAGACGUUAAUGAUCAAUUAUUGACUAGUUAGGAAGAGAGAUCUCCCACUGCUGCAUAAAGUUGUGAAGUGUGGCACAGCACUUUGACUUUUGAGUAACUAAAAAAAAACGUUUGGUUGCACAGAAAGUUAGUUUAAUUCCUCUUAAAGAAUACCAGAAAAGAUCAGAUUGUUUUGUCACCGUAUUUUUUUGUUUUUGUUAUUUUACUUUUAAAUAAUUUGCUAAAAUUUCAGCAAAUUAUUAGUUAUCAUAGAAAAAAACAUAUUUCAGUAACACUAAAUCAUGUCAUGAAGUUGUAACCAUUUUAGUUUUAAGCUAAACCUGUGGCUUACAACACAAGGUACAUAAGCACAUGAAUCCAAAGAACAUGUUAAGUAAAUAGAUUUUUUUCAUUAACUCAGUAUUUCAAGGAAACUCUGAGUUUAGCCUUUUCACAAGUUUGGUGCCUGAGAGUUUCAAGUCUUAUUUUCUGGUACACUUUAAGAUUCAAAGACCUAGUAUUUUAUUACUGUAUGUUUUUGGUACUUAUGGAAGUGAAAUGUGACCCAUGUACAAUAUUCAACAUAUUGACACCACGAACUGGAAAAAGAAAGUAUUUUUAUAUUAUUCUAGCAUUUUGUAUUUUGACAUUUAAAAUUCACCAUCAAUUCGGAAGUGCACAUAUUCAAUAAGCAUUUGUCGAGGUUUGUACACAUGUACAAAGACUUUGUAUCUGUUAGUAGUUCAUUGGCAUACAAAUUCUAAAAAAUAUAUUUUUUUCUAUUCUAGAACAUGGCAUGUAAAAUUCCACAAAAAAAGAUAAGGGUUAAACUCAAUGCAGAGCACAAUUGCAAAUUAGACUAAAGCACUUGAAAUUAAGAUUUCAUUACAUGCCAAGGAAAGGACUGAAACAUCAGAUACAGCCUACUGACUGCAGCAGACUACUAUAGCAGACAGUGGAAUGAGAAAUGUUUACUGUGCUCUCUUAUGUGUAAGUUCUGUUAGAGCUAUUUAGUCAUGUACAGUUAUAUUUCAUAGUCCGCAAAAUGAAAACUGAAAAUUUGAGAAUUUGUAGUUUGAGAAAUGUAGUGCUUUCUUGCAGAAAAUUAAUCUUAAAGGUUGUACACAUUGUUUUUCUGUUUAAAACGACAGAGGAUCAUUUUUUGGUUUUAUUCCUGCUAACCCUACAAUGUAAUGCUGGACUAAAAUUUCAGAUACUUUACUCAAAGUAACAUGAUUGUCAACUUUGCUAGAAGCACCUCAAAACAACAUUGCUAUUAAAAUCUCUGCAAAAUGUAAUUUCUCACCCACUUACAGUACAUGUACAAUGUCACACCUUUUGAUAUAUGUAUAAGUCAUUUUUAUAAGGAUUAAUUUGGGUUGUUACUUCUCCCUUUUGUAACCCAUUUGCUACUACACAUUUGUGUUAUUUUUGGCAUAGUUAAAAACACUUUACUGCUAAGACCACUGUGCACCCUCAUAGAAUAACUAUGUAAACAGAAUUGUGGUGGACCUUCCUGGCUUUGUUAAAGUUGAAGGAUCCACCUGUAAGUCUCAUAUAAUGCUUUUGUAGAAAAUUGAGACCUAUUGGAAAAAUUCUACUUCACAUAGUUGUAGUAAGGCAUUGAUUAUCAAGGCUGGGCUAAUCAAUAAACAUUUUAUAUCCCAGUUGAUAUUUGGAGCCAUAAAAAAAUAACAAAUUACACUUUAUGCUAUUUUAUUUGCAUGUUUACUAGAAUAAGUAAUAAAACCAUAUAUGAUUAUUUAUACAGAUUUACAAUACAUUCUAGUGUGGACUUAGAAACUGGUGAAAUUGCUAGGAUUUGAAAUGCUUAAGUUUUUAUUCUUAUGCUAUGAUUGACUAAUAUAAUAGUUAAAUAUACAGUAUUGUAUAAAGAACAAAACAAUUACACCACUAGGCUUUUUACAUUAUCUAGAAAAUUAAACUUAGAUUAUUUGGAACAUCUUGAGGAAGCUAUUCAGCCAAAAGGGAAACUUUUGAAGGGUAUUUAAUCUGUUAGACUAAUCAGCUUGGUACUAUUACUACAGAAGGGGAGGAUGUCUUUAAAAGUAUUAUUGGUUUCAGACGUGGUAUGUAUUUUAUAGUUUUUGGAAAAGUAGGCAUUGUGUUUCCAUUGCACUUUAAACAUUUUAAAAUUGAGAAUUCAUUUUUUUACUGGUUGUGGCCAAAGCUGAUUAGUUCGAUCCUGACAGAUUGAAACCUACAAUAUGCCUUUUUUGUUUUAUGAAUGCCAACAUUUUUGCACUGCAACUAUGCUUUGCAUGUCUAUUAAUGUUCAGGGAUUUCUUUCUUUUGGAUAUGCAUUUGCAAAUAUUUUCACAUUAUUUGGUGUAUAGCAUCCUUAAGCAUCAGUGGGUGUUCUGGACCAAUUUCACAUAUCCAAAUCCAGUACAGUAAAAAUUAGAAACAAUUAGUGCUUUUCUGUUUAGAGUAUUAUGUUAUUCUUUAUAGUUCACAUUGUUAAUAUCAGUGUGUCGAAACUAAAUAAGACAUUUUAAAUUAAAAUUUUGGUGUUGAAGUGAAUUUAUUGGUUUCACUUUAUGUCAGCUGAAGAUGUAUAUUUCUAACUGUUGAAGAAAUCUUGUUUGUAAUGGAAUACAUACGUCUGCACACAAACAUGUUUUACAAUGACUUGCAAAUAUUUAGUUAUGAUAUAUAAUAAAGCUGUUUAUAAUUCA